AUUUGUGUGUUGGAAGAUGGGUCUCUGCUGCUGCAGAUGGAUAAGCUCUUCCUUUUUCAUCAUCUCCAAUUCUCCAUGGGGCAGUUCAGCUGCUCAGUCUCUCCCUCGCUCUCUUCCAUUGUUUCUGAGUGAUGGGUUCUUACUUCUUUUAGAUUUUUUAUCAAAUUUCAGUGGGUCUUCUUGAUUAUUAGUCAAAACUAUGGAAAUCGCAAAACUUUCCCAAAUACACCAACAAACACAACCUCUGCAAAACCCCCUUCUUCACAAAUCAAAAAUUAAUACUACAAAUUCUACAAAAAAGACAUUUUUCCAUGGAAAUUUCAAAAUCACAAAGUCAGCUGUAAAAUGGUGAAAGCAAUCAACUUGGAGUGCAAGAGGCCUCUUCGUUUUGCAGAUUCAAUCUUACAUCGAUCCAUAUGAAAUUAAAAUACACGGAGUAUUUCAGAAUCCGCUAGUAGCAAGUAUUUUAAACAUUGAAGAGAUGUGUUAGAAUAGAUGGCAAACUGGGAACGAUGGAGUUGUUGUGGAAUGUGCUGAAUAGUAGUCUAGGAAACUAUUAGAGAAGGUUUUCCAUUUUAAAACAUGAGCAGAUAUAGAUGACUUGUAGAGAUAAGCAACCCCAACAUCUUUGAACUGACAAUGAAGUUGUAGCAGGUAUCGGAUGUGAAAGGCCAUCUAAUGUUGCAUAUAUAAUGAAUAAAUUGAACUUGCGAAGCAAAAGACCAGCCAUUGAUUAAUAUUGAAAUUGAAUCCGAAACAUGAGGCCAGCUAUUUGAAUGGUUGACCUGGAAAAAAUUGAACGCGGAAUACAGCUCAUUGAACUAUUCAAUUUUGCAUUCUUUUUUAUGUGAGAAUUGGUAAAUUUAUUUAGGAAAUCGAAAUACAUGAUUAUGAUGAACCAACACGUCUCCGAGUAAAAUCGGAAACAUACAUAACAACACUAGCCCAAAACUGUAUAAGUUCAACCCAAUUUUCUUGUCUAGUUUCAAGUGUCAGUUUUCAUCUUUGUUGAGUUUGUGUUUUGAUUAAACUUGUGCCAUUACGAUGGCUGGAGCAGCAAUAGGAAUAGAUUUAGGGACAACUUAUUCAUGUGUAGGAGUAUGGGAACAUGGUCGUGUUGAGACUAUUGCCAAUGAUCAAGGAAAUCGUACUACUCCUUCAUAUGUUGCUUUUACUGAUUCUGAAUGUUUUGUUGGUGAUGCUGCUAUGAAUCAAGCUGCCAUGAAUCCUACCAACACCAUUUUUGAUGUGAAACGUAUAAUUGGUAGGACAAUCAAUGAUAGCUCUCUUCAGAGUGAUAUGAAGCUAUGGCCCUUCAAAGUCAUUCCUGGCCUAGAUGAGAAACCUAUGAUUCGAGUCAAAUACAACGGAGAGGAUAAAGCCUUUUCAGCCGAGCAAAUUUCAGCCAUGGUUCUCAGUAAAAUGGUAAAAACUGCUGAAGCAUAUAUUGGUUCAAAGGUUAAGAAAGUUGUUGUUACAGUCCCUGCUUACUUCAAUUGUUCUCAACGUCAAGCUACUAUGGAUGCUGGUAAAAUUGCUGGCCUUGAUGAUAUGCAUAUCAUCAAUGAACCAACGGCGGCUGGACUUGCUUAUGGUCUUCAUAUGAAGGAUGCCAGUGUUGGCCCGAAGAACGUUCUUAUCUUUGAUCUUGGUGGUGGUACUUUUGAUGUUUCGCUAAUCACCAUUGAUGAGUGUAUCUUUGAAGUCAAGGCCACAGCAGGAGAUACUCAUCUGGGAGGUGAGGAUUUUGAUAACAGGAUGAUAAAUUACUAUAUUCAAGAGUUCAAGAAAAAGCAUAAGAUAGACAUUAGUGGAGAUCCGAAGGCUCUUAGGAGGUUGAGAACAGCAUGUGAGAGGGCAAAGAGGAUACUCUCAACUGCCAACAGCACAAUGAUUGAUAUUGAUUCGUUGCAACACGGAAUAGACUUUCAAACACUCAUUACCCGUGCUAGAUUUGAGGGGUUGAACCUGGAUUUGUUUGAGAAAUGUUUGGAACCUGUUGAGAAAUGUUUGAAAGAUGCUAGGAUGAACAAGAGCAACAUUCACCAAAUUUUGCUCGUUGGAGGAUCCACAAGAAUUCCAAAGGUUCAAUCUCUAUUACAGGAAUUCUUUGAUGGGAAGGAACUCUGCAAGAGCAUCAACCCUGACGAGGCCGUGGCUUAUGGUGCUGCAGUGCAAGCUGCUAUUUUGAGUUGUGUAGAUGAUGUCGAGUUGCAGGACUGGGUGUUGGUGGAUGUGACACCUCUUUCUCUUGGCGAACCAGCAGUUGGAAUAGAUUUAGGGACAACAUAUUCAUGUGUAGCAGUAUGGGAACAUGGUCGUGUUGAGAUUAUCGCCAAUGAUCAAGGAAAUCGUACUACUCCUUCGUAUGUUGCUUUUACUGAUUCUGAAUGUUUUAUUGGUGAUGCUGCUAAAAAUCAAGUUGGCACGAAUCCUACCAACUCCAUUUUUGAUGCCAAACGGAUAAUUGGUAGGACAAUCAAUGAUACCUCUGUUCGGAGUGAUAUGGAGCUAUGGCCCUUCGAAGUCAUUCAUGGCCUGAAUGACAAACCCAUGAUUCGAGUCAAAUACAAGGGAAUGGAUAAAGAGUUUUCAGCUGAGCAAAUUUCUGCCAUGGUUCUCAGUAAGAUGGUAAAAACUGCUGAAGCUUAUAUUGGUUCAAGUGUUAAGAAAGCUGUUGUUACAGUCCCUGCUUACUUUAAUAAUUCUCAACGUCAAGCUACUAUGGAUGCUGGUAAAAUUGCUGGCCUUGAUGAAAUGCGUAUCAUCAAUGAACCAACGGCGGCUGGACUUGCUUAUGGUCUUCAUAUGAAGGCAACCAGUGUUGGCGUGAAGAAUGUUCUUAUCUUUGAUCUUGGUGGUGGUACUUUUGAUGUUUCGUUGAUCACCAUUGACGAUUGUAUCUUUGAAGUCAAGGCUACAGCAGGAGAUACCCAUCUCGGAGGAGAGGAUUUUGAUAACAGGAUGAUAAAUCACUAUAUUCAAGAGUUCGAGAGAAAACACAAGAGAGACAUUAGCAGAGACCCAAAGGCUCUUGCGAAAUUGAGAACUGCAUGUGAGAGGGCCAAGAGGACCCUCUCAACUGCUUACAACACAUUCAUUGAUAUUGAUUCAUUGCAUCAAGGAAUUGAUUUUCAGUCACACAUCACCCGUGCUAGAUUUGAGGAGUUGAACAUGGAUUUGUUCGAGAAAUGUUUGGAACCUGUUGAGAAGUGUUUGAAGGAUGCUAAGAUGAACAAGAGCAGUGUUCACCGAAUUUUGCUCGUUGGAGGUUCCACAAGAAUUCCAAAGGUUCAGUGUCUAUUGCAGGAAUUCUUUGAUGGGAAGGAACUAUGCAAGAACAUCAACCCUGACGAGGCCGUAGCUUAUGGUGCUGCAGUGCAAGCUGCUAUUUUGAAUGGUGUGGAUGAUGUGGAGUUGCAGGACUGUGUGUUGGUGGAUGUGACACCUCUUUCUCUUGGUAUUCGGACACAUGGAGGUGUUAUGGGUGUGUUGAUCCCAAGGAACACAACCAUUCCCACCAGUAAAGAAAUGGUUUUCACUUCCAGCGUGGACUAUAAAGCGAAUGUAAUUUUUCAGGUGUAUGAGGGUGAAAGAACUAGAGCCUCUGACAAUAACUUGCUGGGUGAGUUUAUGUUAGAUGGAAUUUCACCUGCACCUAUUGGUUCUCCUCAGUUCACAGUACGCUUUGAUUUGAAUGAAGACGGUAUAUUGAAUGUGUAUGCGGAGGACAAGGAAUCAGGGAACAAAAAUAUGAUCGUGAUUGCAAUUAACAAAGGGAGGUUGUCAACUGAUGAAAUUCAGAGAUUGGUCCAAGAGGCGGAGAGAUUCAAAUUAGAAGAUGAAGAACACGGGAAGAAGGUGGAGGCUAUGAACUCCUUCGAAACAUACGCAUACAGCCUGAAGAACAGAAUUAGAAAAUAUGGACGGACGCUGAGUGAUGAGAAGAAGAUGCAGGAUGCAGUUGAUAUCGCCAUUGAGUGGGUGCAUAGCGACGAAGUUGGUGACAUAGAAGAAAUCCACGAAAAGAUGAAGAAGUUGAAGGAUGUAUGCAACCCUAUCAUAACUAGGAAGGAUGGUGCCAGUGCUGGACUCUAAAUCCAAGAAGUCGACUAAAGAUGCAUUGGUUUACUACUUUUCUUGUGAGUCCUACUUCCAUCUUAAGGUCAUUAUUUUCUAAAUAAACGGUGAGAAAAAUGAAGCAUAUGAUUCUAUUCUGUUGUCUAGGUCAAUUUUAACCGUGCACCUAAUGAUGCAAGAGCAAGAAUUCCGUUCAUUACGUAGGAAAUUUAGUACAAGGAAAAUCCAUGGUCAAGAUAUCCUCCUUGGAAUUUUUGGAGCUGCUUCUCUCUUCUACAAUUAAAAGGCAUUCCAGGUAUUUCAUUAAAAAGGAUAUAACUUUAGGGGAAUUCUUGCAGAUUUCUGGUUAAUGCUGCUCUCAUAAGUCAGUAUUCGUAUUACCUAGGAGGGGGAUAGAUUUCUUGUAGAAGAGUAUUUCUUGUGUUUGUGUUUGCAAAUGGAAGUUGUUUCUGAACAAUGCUAGAUUAGCACAGAGAAGGUGAUUACUGCAUACUUUCCAGUAAUGCUGGGAGGUAAAAGAAAGCACCAAUUGCUGAAGAUAUUAAGCACAUCUUAGGUUCUGGUGGUGCUGCUGAUGACGCUGAGCUGAUUUUAUCUGGAAGGUAGAAACUGACAAUAACAAUGGUGCAACCAAGCAGAAGAAUGAAGAAUAUUGAUGCCUUGGUUACUUUAGUUCUGAUGAAAUUGUAACCAACUAACGGCAUUACAAGUUGGGAGUUUCUUAUCACAAAUCUAUUUGCUUGAUUCUUUUAUUUGUACGUGGUUUAAAUCAAUUUCAUUAUCCAUUCUAAUUCUCUCUGCAAAACCUAGUUUUCUCACAU